AUGCGCUCGCGAUGUUGGAGCUUACAGAUGUUCAACCCCCGUCGCGCGUGGAUGAUGGUGGUCUGGGCCGUCCUGCUGUCGCUAUGGCUUACGUCGGCGCAGGCUAUGCGAGACUACCAAAUUAAAGAGCUCAGACAGGAAACAGAACACAUGUUCUACCAUGGUUUCGAGAAUUACCUUGAUCACGCCUUUCCCGAAGACGAAUUGCGCCCGUUGACCUGUGGCCCCUUGACCCGCGACGAAAAGAACAAUGAACACAAUGAUGUCCUCGGAAAUUACUCCUUGACUUUGAUCGACAGCUUAUCGACCCUGGCGAUCUUGUCGUCAAGUCCGGAGAGUGGCGAUCGCGCUCUGUCGAAUUUCCAGGGCGGUGUGAAGGAGUUUGUGAGGCUCUAUGGUGAUGGAUCGCAGGGCCCUGCUGGUCAGGGUGAGAGAAGCAGGGGUUUCGAUAUCGAUAGCAAGGUGCAGGUAUUUGAAACUGUGAUUCGAGGGCUCGGCGGACUCCUAAGUUCACACUUAUUUGCUAUCGGUGAACUACCCAUCACAGGAUAUAACCCGCCAGAACGGGAUGCCGAAUACGCCAGCGCCUGGGACAAGGGCGGAUUCUCCAAGCAAGACCAUGGCAUUAUGUGGGUGGAUGGAUUCGUAUACGACGGGCAAUUACUCCGAUUAGCAGUUGAUCUAGCGCAUCGUCUGCUCCCGGCUUUUUAUACGGAAACCGGCCUUCCUUACCCGCGAGUGAAUCUGCGACACGGCAUUCCAUUCUACGAGAACUCUCCUCUGAAUGCCAACUCCAGCAAGAAGAAGGAGAAGGACAAAAAGCGGAAGUAUGCGUAUAUGAACUCUGCGGAAAUCACGGAGACAUGCAGUGCCGGCGCCGGCAGUCUUACCCUGGAAUUCACCGUUCUCAGCAGAUUGACUGGCGAUGGCCGGUAUGAGGAAUUGGCCAAAAGAGCAUUCUGGGCAGUUUGGGCCCGUCGAAGUGAGAUUGGACUUGUUGGAUUUGGGAUCGAUGCAGAAUCCGGGAAAUGGGUGGGACCCUAUUCAGGAAUUGGUGCUGGAAUUGACAGUUUCUUUGAAUAUGCGGUCAAAUCACACGUUCUUCUUUCCGAGGGGGAGCGCCCACCUUUUGACACUUCCAGCCCUUGGAGUCUGCUGGAUGAUCAUUAUCUCCCCUUGACAGACUAUCAACACUCUGCAGAUGCCUUUCUCCAGGUUUGGGAAGAUUCACAUACCUCGAUCAAUCGUCAUCUGUACCGUGGGGAGGGAUACCAGCAUCCUCAUCUAGUUGUUGGAGAUGUCUCCACCGGCGCGACGCGGGCCUUUUGGAUCGAUAGCUUGAGUGCUUACUACCCGGGCUUGCUUGCCCUGGAUGGCAAGGUAGACGAAGCAAUUCAAAUCCAUCUCCUCACCACUGCAAUCUGGACACGCUUCUCAGCCCUUCCCGAGCGGUGGAACGUGGCCACGGGUGACAUUGAAGGGGGUCUUGCCUGGUAUGGAGGUCGACCUGAAUUUAUCGAAUCAACCUACUACAUCUACCGAUCUACACAAGACCCUUGGUACCUACAUGUUGGAGAAAUGGUUCUUCGUGACAUCAAGAGGCGCUGUUGGACCCAAUGUGGAUGGGCAGGUCUCCGGAAUGUCCAAACUGGUGAGAUGAUCGAUCGCAUGGAGAGCUUCUUUUUGGGUGAAACGGCCAAGUAUAUGUUUCUCCUUUUUACUCCGGAUCACCCAUUGAACAAAAUCGAUGCGCCGUGGGUUUUCAACACCGAAGGCCAUCCUCUAAUCAUCCCGAAGAAAAGAACUGCUCCCAAGCAGCCCUCCCGCCAGACGCAAUCGUGGUCUUCUGAAAAUCCCCCUCAGGAUACCUGUCAAGCAAUCGCCUCGCCUAUUUUCGGCGUGUCUUUUACAGCCUCUCGACCCGAUAUAUUCCAUGCUGCCAGCCUGGCGCGUCUACAUCUUCGACCUCGUCGCGGAGCACCCGAGGGCCCUAUUCGAGGGAAAUCGCCCGAGCACCAGAGUGUGUUUGUUUCCGAUUUGUCAUCUCCAACAAACUAUACCUUCUAUCCUUGGACACUUCCGCCGCAACUCGUUCCGUUCGACGCAGUUAGUGCACCGAUGGCCGUGCGUCCCACAUUGGACAUAUCAUUCCCAUCUCUUCCAGGCGGUGUCAAUUUAGGUCCGGGGGCGCUGGAACGGGUAAGAGACGGUGUUCUAGUCAAAACAAUCGGAGGGCUCCGCUUGAGCAUGGUGCAGGACGUCUCUCUUGGCCACGAUGACGAAGAUGGAUACCGGGUGCAAGUGAUCAACAAUGUACCGCUUGGAAAGGAUGAGAAGGUAUACAUCUCUCGCCAGGUCACCUUUGAUAUCGUUGAUCCGUAUGAUCCGAACUUCACCCGGGUUCGCGACACGGCCAUGCUAGACCUCGUCAUUGACGUUCUGCCAGAAACCUCUCGCCAGCGCAAUGCUUCAGCUGCUCCAGGAGAUGAACCACAUGCAGCAGAGUAUUCAGAAAGUGAAGAAACUUCGGACCUUAACCUCGGCCGUCGCAAGCCCGCUCCCGCCGCCGUCGUCGACGACGAAAGCCCAGUCGACUCCCCCGAGUCAACCAUGAGAAGCAUGCUCUCGAACUUCGUCAACUCAGUCUCCGCCCUACUUCGCGAUGACUCCGAGCCCGAAGAUGAUGAUGACACCACCACACCCCUACGCCUCAGUCUCCCCGCCACCCUACCCACCGGUAUCGGCGCAGCACCACUCCCCGACACCCCCCUAACCUGGUCAACGAUCUACUUCGCCCACGAAAUCUGCGACGACCGCAUCCUGCGAGACAUUGUACAAACACACGAAGUCCUCGUCAUAAAACGCGGCAGCUGUACCUUCUCGCAAAAGUUGCGCAAUAUCGCCGCAUUCCGGCCCUCGCGCUCAGCACUUAAACUAGUCAUCGUCGUAUCCUCGGACGAAGAGUCCCAACAACAACCUCCCAGUUCUCCGCAAGAGAAUAUCGAGAAGGGGUCUGCGCCGCUAGCAGCGUUGCGCGCUGAGUCUUCGCUGAUUAGACCUCAUCUUGAUGAGAGUCAGGUUUCUGCUAGUGGUAUUCCGCGUAAUCAUCUCAUAAGCUUGAUUAUGGUUGGUGGGGGUGAUGAGACGUAUGCACUUUUGCAGUCUUCGACUGGGAUUGGGAUUAAGAGGCGGUAUACCAUGCGCUCUCAGGGUGUUCCUAUUGCAAAUCUGCACAUCAUUUGA